AGCACGGCGCGCGCUUCUUUCUCGAGCUCCUCGUUCUCAGCCAGCACCUCGGCCAGCGACACGACAGGUUCCUCGACGUUUCUUUCCCCUUCGCCGGCAACAGACUCGGACGCCUCUUUUUCCAUCUUCGCCACAGCCCCUUCCGAGAGCCCAGCCGGAGAAGAGAAGCAGGAGAAGGAAAAGGCGGGAAAGCUCUGAAACCGCCACCAGGAGGCGCCGCAGCAAAAGCCGGAAACGGAAAACGGCUACCGCGCCAUCACAAGACCCGCGCGCGCACACAAAAAGGACGCUGAGCGGGAGAGGCUCCACGCAGAACAAAAGGCUGGGAGCACGUGACAUCACGCGAGGAGGCACGUGAGCUGCCAGAGCCAAUCGCGAGAAGAAAGAAACCGUUGAGGGCGGAAGAAGACAGGGCGCAUUAGCGGAACAAAAAAGCAAGGAAGCGAUUAUUUGAAGGCGGAGCCAAAAGAGCGGUUGGUGUCCUAGCGGAAACUCUGACCAGGGUUGGCCUGUUCCUUUCUUUUCCGGGUCAUCGGGGGGGUGGGGAGUGGGCGCGAUCCUACUCGUCCUUUGAUAGGCUGUUUGUUUCCCGCGAGGAGGGAAACAUGGAGAUCCGGGGGGAACUGACAGGCCGGGACGGAUUGAAGCGACAGCUGCGAGUUUGUUGCCAGCCGCAAGGAGACCUGCGGGGCCUGCUCAGUGGCCUGGUUCUGCUGAAGGAGCAAGUGUCGGCGUUGCUCGGCCCUCUGGUGCAACAGGAAAGCGGCGGCGCCUGUAUACGAGCUGAGACUGGAGAUGACGAGGAUUUAGAUGAAGAGAAUGAUGAUGAGGAAGAAAAUCAUGUUAACGCCAACGCGUGUAGGGACGGGCCACCAUUAAAACGGACAAAAACUCACUCCUGACAAGAACUGUAAAUAAAAUUUUGUAGGACUUGAAAUUGUAAUUUAUGUACUUUUUCUGCUGGAACACUUCUGUGCCGUUUUGAUAGAAAAUGCCUUUUUUUAUUAUAACAAAAUAGAUUUUUUUUUUAUUUUUGAAUUCUGUGGUUCUACAGUGUGAUACUAUAAAUUGAAAUAUGUAAGCAACAAUUAAAAUUCUGCAUAUGUGAGAAUGGCA